AUGCCGCAUUGGGGUAUGAAAGUGGGGCUUGAUGGUCUUGGCUUGGCACGCUGGUUCGAAGCCGUGACCUGGGAGGGUGGAGGGGGGGUGGAGGCACUGGGAGCGAACUUGGAAACACUUCAAGCAGCAAGCGGAGCGAGAGAGACACGCAGAGCGUCGAUGCACCGCGAGGGACAGGCCAGGGGACGCCGGCGCUGGAUGAUGGGCGAGCUGGGAUGGCUGCUGGACGGUGGAGACGUGAAUGCAUUUCGCCAUACAAAACUGCAUGCGCUCUGCAGGCCUUGGAAGGGUUGGUGGACGGACUGGACCUGUCCUGGGAGCUCCGUUGGUUCCAAGGUUGCUCCAGCUCAGACAGGCCAUGUACGAUCACGGUCACGAAAAGGUCGACACAAGACGAUUACAGAAUAG